AUGAAUGCUUCUACAUUAAAAUUUCCAUCACUUAUACUUAUUCAUUCAUAUAUAAAUUAUAUAUAAUACUACAUAACACUUUUAAAUAUAUUAUUUUUAAUUGUAUAAACAAACAAUUUUUGUAAGCAAAUAUUUUUAUAAUAUAGAUUAAUUGGAUAGUGGUUUCGAUUUCAAAACUUUUAUUAAGUAUGCUAACAAAAAGAAAGUAGCAGCAUUUACUUUGUUGCAGAUUCUUUUUAUUUAUUGGAUAAAAAAAACUAAUAAAAAAUAAUUAAUUUCAGUUAAAAUGUGCUAAUAUAUUGCCUUGCUGUGUUCUUCUGUAGGAUUUAUUAGCACAAAAGUACUUAGAAACUAAAUAUUAUUCUUUGUUUCAAUAUUAUUAUAGUUGACUUAAUAAAUACUACCUUUUAAAUAAGUCUGAUACUUUUAGAUAUUUACACUAUUUAUACUAUUUAUGAGACUAAUUAAAUUAAAUAUUUAUUUUUGAAUAUACUCUAAUCCAAAAAUAUAAUAAAAUUUCAAUUUAUUUAUUUAUUUAUUUAUUGUUUCAUAUUUGUUAAUUUAAAAAAUUAAAUUUUUAGUAAAAUUUAAAUAAAUUUAUUUUUUUAUUUUUAAGUUUAUGAAUUAAUGGUUGUUAUUUUUUAAGAUUGUUUUUAAAUGACACUUUUAAAUGUAAUAAAAGAUUUUUUUAAUUUAUGA